AUUGCAUGAGAAAAUGGCCAGGACUUUGUCCUCUGUUUUCUCCAUGUGUUCUUCAGUCAACUCUCAGGGCAGGAAACUGUUUAAGCUUCUGGAGUCCCCUAGCAAAUCAUACUAAUUCAUCCUGUUCAAAUUAUUCGUUAGCAAAUGUUUGUUUUUACUAUCAUAUUCAUAUGCUUUUAUCAUCUCCACUCCAUAGUUUGCAUCUUACUUUUGAAUGGGUAUUUGUGCAGAUUAUCUCUCAUGAUUUGGAAUUAGCAGAUUAGUCACUGUGGGAGUUAAGAGAUAUUCAGGGAAAGGGAUUUCCCCAAUGAUCUUGUUGGGUUGACCGAUUCUGUGUUUUGGGACCCAUCCCAACCUUGGCGGCCAAUUCCUUCAGCUGGAAAAAUCUUGAAAGAAGAUAGGAUUUUGUGCCCAUUCUCACCUUGCAUUGAACAAGUGCAACCCUCAUGUGAAACACUGAGGUCAAACUUUACAAAAGUAAGGACCUUUGAGGUAUUACUCCGUUCAUAUGAGGUCCGUGAAUGGAGAAUUGAUUGCUCAAAGGCAGGUGGCUCUGUUGGGUUUCCUCCGUGCAAGAGGAGGAGGAAACCUUCAAGCGAAGGAAGCAUGUGCAGGACAAUCCAAGUUCUCAGCAAGUCAUGGCUGGGCCAUCUGCUGAGGCUGGAGGACACACUGGCUAUUUGACAUUUUCAAGGCUUAAAAUGAGUCUCACGAAGAACGUGUUCGCUGACCUGAGUGUCUCUUGUGAAGAACGUGUAAACCGCUUUUGGUUUCACGUUUAAUGUGAGUUUAAUAUCUCUUAAUUAAUAACAUACCUAACCUCAA